CACGAUUUUCGGUCUCGAAACGAAAAGCUUGCCACUCUUUUAGCGAUGGCGUCGAGCAUAAUUAUUAGAUGCAAUUGUCCGAGAGACGAUCGAGUUGAAAUUGAUUUAUAACCGAUAAUCUUUCUCCGCGAUAAAAGUUUGCCACUUUUUCUCUUUUUAUUUUUAUCGCUUUAAACGCAAGGACACGACGAUGUAACUUCUUGAUUGAUAACGUUAUUAUUAUCGCUGCACGCUCUACCGAAGAAUAAUAGAUCGGGAACGAUCGCGGGAACGAUCGCGGGAACGAACGGUUGCAAAGUGAUACAAACGACACACAUUUUUACAACAUUGUUACAAGAAUGUUGGGACUCUUCUAAAUCGCUCGCACCAAUUUGACACCGCGAGCCGUACUCUAGUUGACAAACUUUCACACCUCACGUAAAGGAAAAUUCUGUGAUCGCGCGUAAUUGCAUUCGCGUGUCGGGAAAAAGCUUUUGUCGAUACAUCGCGAGGCAUGAUCGCUCUGAAGCAGAAAGCUUCUCUACAUUACGGUCUGCCGCCGCCACCGGCGCCCCAGCCACCCUCGCCCUGGUCCAGCAUACUCUGGGGCGACGAUCCGCGACCUCACGGACGAAGAGUCGCGUGUGGCGUACGCGUCACGCAACUGCGGAACAAAGUAACUGCAAAAGAUUCGGGAGCAGGUGCACCGGCUGAUGACGAGGAUACUACGAGAAGCUGCAAAAGUCUGAGCGAAUGUUAUUUCGCGGGCAAAGGCGCUGCCUUGGUUUUACCGCCAAACGAAAGGGCUCGUCCUUCGAGGCGAGUCUCGGCGGCAGGAUGCGAUAUCCAGCAGCAUCUACAAUCCAUGUUUUACUUAUUGAGGCCCGAGGAGACUUUGAAGAUGGCGGUGAAACUGGAGUCGGUGCAUCCAGGAAGGACGCGAUACCUCGUCGUCGUCUCCUGCACGGGAAGGCAGGACGCCGAGGAGAGCUGCCUUCUCGGUAUCGAUUGCCACGCCAGGGCGACUGUCGGCCUCGUGCUUCGAGUUUUAGCCGAUACCGCUAUCACUCUCGACGGCGACGGGGGUUUCAAGGUCAGUGUUUGCGGCCGUCAGCACAUCUUCAAGCCGGUGUCCGUUCAGGCCAUGUGGUCGGCCUUGCAGACGUUGCAUAAGGUGUCCGGUAAGGCACGCGAGCAAAACUAUUUUCUAGGUGGACUGUCUCACGACUGGGUCAGUUACUAUGAGCAACGGAUCGAGAGCGAUCGGUCGUGCCUCAACGAAUGGCACGCCAUGGACAAUCUGGAGUCCAAGAGACCGCCGUCACCGGAUAGCGUUCGCACCAAGCCUAGGGAGAGAGAGGAGACCGAGCGCGUGAUUCGAUCGACGUUGAAGGAAAUUAUGAUGUCCGUGGAUCUCGAUGAAGUUACCUCCAAGUAUAUUAGAGGCCGACUGGAAGAAGAUCUUGAUAUGGAUCUCGGAGAAUUUAAGCCGUUUAUCGAUCAAGAGAUGCUCACUAUACUAGGUCAAAUGGAUGCGCCAACUGAGAUAUUUGAUCACGUUUAUCUCGGGAGCGAGUGGAACGCCAGCAAUUUAGAGGAACUUCAGAAAAAUGGUGUAAGGCAUAUUUUGAACGUUACUCGGGAAAUUGAUAACUUCUUCCCGGGCAUGUUCACUUAUCUAAAUGUACGUGUGUACGACGAUGAGAAAACGGACUUGCUGAAACACUGGGAUAACACAUUCAAGUACAUCACCAAGGCGAAGAUGGAGGGGUCCAAGGUGUUGGUGCACUGCAAGAUGGGAGUGUCCCGAUCUGCUUCCGUUGUGAUAGCUUACGCGAUGAAGGCAUACAACUGGGAUUUCUCCCAGGCAUGGAAACACGUCAAGGAGAAGCGCAAUUGUAUCAAGCCCAACAACAGCUUCCUCCUGCAGUUGGAAACGUACCAAGGUAUUUUAGAUGCGAUGAAGAACAAGGAGAAACUUCAGAGGUCCAAGUCCGACACGAAUCUGAAAUCUCCCACGUCCGCGAAGAAUCAGUCAAAAAAGGAGGAAAAAUCGGAUAAUAUAGAGAACAAUAUGCGGGAGAUUUCAGGUUCAGAGUUGAAGAAGAGUAGCCAGAGACCAAAGAGUUGGUCACCGAAUGUCAAAGUCGCCGAAAAUAUGUUGCCUUCCGUUCCUUUAUCGCAGUCGUUGGAAAGUAUCGACAAGACAGGGAACGCGGAAGUCACACGGGAGGAUCUGCUCCGUGGCUCGAAUCAAAAACCGGCAAUAGAACAAGAGGCUCGCAACGUUCUAAUGCCCUGCGACAAUGGACAAUCUUACAGCGUGUCGCAGAAUAAAAUAAUGCACCUAGACCCCGCUCCCACCCCUGGCACAACACCACCUAGCGUAAAAAAUAGAAUUAAUAAAUUGGAAACUCAGGGACAGAAGAGGAAGGGUUUAGUACUCAAUCUAACCAAUCAAUUUGAAGCGGCCAGCAGUAAACCGUCAUCACCGGGAUCCGACUCGGACGCGAGAUCUCUGCCUCAGAGCUCAAUUGCGGAGGACAACGCGAAACCAAUCGAGAAUGGUCACUCGCAUUGCGAGCAAUCGCAGGAAACGCAAGAGAGCACAGUUUCUGUUGCGAACAGAAGGCCUUCUAGAGAAGAAGUUUGGGAUCCUGAAGAACAGAAGGAGAGAAAAGAAGAGACGAACCAGGAGUCCACCGAGAUCAACGAUAAUAGUGAAUGUCUAGUCUGGACUGCGUCUGCGGAUGCAACAUGUGUGGAUUCGUGUAAUGACAAUAAAAUUGUCGGAGAUGUGAGUGUGGAGAGUGAAUGUAUCGCGAGUGUGGCAACGGAUACGACGACAUCGUCGACGUGUCCCGAUAGUUUGGGAAAGAAGACUAAAAAGGACGGUGAUCCAUUUAGCGCUCAACUGGAUCGAGUGUUUGAUCGCGAAGAGAGACGGGGUGAGCUUCCUGUCACAAGGGAAUCUCCAAGCAGACAAAGUUCCUGGAGUAGUUACGACAGUGCGGUGGUUCUCGACAAUAAUUCAGUGCAUAGUUCGUGGGCUACCUUACCGUCGAGGAACAGUUCCUGGGGCUCUUACGACAUGCGGCCAUCCGAUUUACUCGGAUCCAGCGGUCUAUUCCCAUAUGAUAAGGAGGAGAUACCCUGGCAUCCGGGUACAGUAAAGCGCACUAAGCAAAAACUAGAAGAGGGCACGACUGUGGGCGGGGUGAAACGCGUAUGCACACAAAAUUCGACGUCCGCGGACGAUAAGAAUGACAGGUUGACCGCUGACAUGGAUGCGGUUGCGGUCGAAACGUACAAUCCGAUGCUAUUGCAUCAUAUGCCGUCGCCGUCACCGACGCGAAGAAGAGAUUCGUCGCCCAGUCAAGAAUACAAUCUUAAAGUAGAAACAAAUAGAGAUUCGCCUAGUCCGGUAGGCAUUGACAUCUCCCUUACGUCCAUACGUCAAAUCGGAAGAUUAUCUACGAGCGCCCCUGCACCGUCCUCUUUAUCCUCCGAAUCCGACCUGCCACUGUCCCUGAGAUCGUGCAGAUCGGAAAGCGAAACGUCCAGUCCGUGCGUCGUCAAUACUCCUCAAUGUCCUUCCGUGAAACAUCACAAAAUGGUCUUGGAAAAUCUGUGCAACAAGUCCGUGUUCAGUAAGCGCUGCCUCUCCGUGGACGAUUCGCCAGAAGCCGAGUGUCCACGUAGCACAUCUGGUAUAGUAAAAAAUCUGAAAAAGGAAUUCGAGGCAAAGUCGACUAAGCUAGAAAGGAGCCCCGAGAACAACAUGUGUGAAGGCGAAAACGCGUCACUGUCCGCACGACCAAAAAGGGACGUGAAGAUUCGGAGCUUGCCCUCGUCACCGGUGAUCCCGCAUAACGAAUCUAAGAUCCAGUCGUCGUCCAGCGUCGGUGAAACCAAAGACAACAAGCAGACAAGAAGAAACGAAACUACGCCACCGUUAUCGUCGCAGGAUAGUACAUCGGAGGAUCUCUCCGUCCGAGUACUAGUGGGAAAGUACGAGGUCGCGAAGCCAGAGUCCAGGAAAAGUUCAUCGGACGUGCAGUUACGCGCGCACAAAGACAAAGAUUGGGACACUAUGGAGGUGCAUCCGCCAGCAAAAUCGAAAAUCGCCCCUGAAUUUUCAAGAAGAUCAGCGCCAAUUAUGAUCAAUAACCACUCGGCGCCUCUGUUUAACGAGGCGCCGGAAGCACCCGGUAGACCGCCAGCGGUACCGUCACCUAGCGUGGUUGUGGCCAGCGUGGUGGCAAAGGCAGCUAGCAAGAAGCAACAGCAGCAUGGUAGAACUCAUCCCCUCGCUAGGCUACAAGUCAGGCCUAGGCAUAGCAGUCCUGUUUACAACACCAUGUAAAAGUGAUUAGACGAUUUAUUUUGCGUAUGUCGAAUUCUUAGACGAAACGCGAGUGCAACGGAUAAUUCGAAAUGAAGAUACCUCUGUGAAUAAUGCAUGGGUAUGUUAUCGUGACGAUAAAAUCGUGUGUGAUCUCUUCUUAUUGGCGAUGAAAAUCAGAAAAUUUCGAAGCUAAAAUGGUCGCCCCAAUUGUUCUAAGAAUAGAUCUUUUUUUUUUCUCUUUCUCUCUCUCUUUCAUCAUCAUCGCUGCGAUUGUUUGUCAAUCGUUUCAUUUAUCGAGAAGAACGAUCUUGUCAUUUCGGUAAUGUAACUUAUUAUUUAUAAAACGAUAAUUUCACGUAAGCGUUAUAGGAUCUUUUACUACGAAACAACGACAGGCACUUUAUGUUCCUUCUCGCCAACAUAUGUAUAU